CUAGAAUGUAAUUGUGGUUGUGUUCUCCAGAAUCUAAGUUGGACUCUAGUGACAAUGUUGCAUAUAAUGGUGGUACUAUUAUCUCAACUCUGAGUAGAUAUGUGAAAACUGAUUUCUUGAAUAAAUUCUUUAUUUAUGAUUUAUGGUCAUACUUGAUAUUUAAAAUCAGUUAAGAUGUAUCCGCCGAUUGAGUUCAUGCGGCAGUGCUAGCUUUCUGCAAUUGCUAGUUUAUCGUUUGAGCUUUUUCGUUUUUUCUGGAGAAUUUAUAUCGAAGUGGGGUGAGGCUCCACCUUCAUGCGUUAUCUUGGCUUACUAAGCCAGAGAUUUAGGUGUUUUCUCUCUAGGGCUUCGACUAUGUCGGCCGCUGGAGCCUUUUUCUGAUUUCGACUUUGUCGAAGAUCGGCUUUGCUAUCCCUUGGUCGCUGGUGCUCGGCUGGAGUCUAGGUCAGACGUGGAGGGCGGAGAUCGGUGGAGAAGGGCGGAUUUGCUGUCAUGGCUCGAGGAGACCGACGUUGUGGUCAAGGUUCAAGGAUGUGGCGUUGCUGUCGUCGUUGGAGAAGAUUGGUGCAGCCUAUCUGCUUACUCUGGUCGCACGAAGUAGGGAUGAGUUUGGUUAUGCAGGGACGAAGGAUUGAUGCAUGGUCUUAGGCAGCCAAAGGUUAUGGAGGAUCAAUUAGCAUGGUACCGGUGAUACGACCUCCUCCUGAACCACCACCAUGGGAUGUACAAGGUGCUAGAGUCUGUGAAUGUUUUUCUUGUAGUUUUUAUCUGUUUGUUAUUUGUUUUCUUGUGUCCAUUUUUGUUGUUGGUUUUGACAGUUUGUUUGAGUUUUUUGUCUCUCUUUAUGUCAUUGGGUAUGGUUGGAUCUAUGGGAACAGGUUUGGCUGUGUCAAGCCCACUACAUGGUUAGCGAUUCGUGUUGCUCUCUCAGGGGUGACCGUCUCAAAGUCUCACCAUAGGGUUACAGUCGUAGUUGUUGGAGUUUCAGUUGGUGUCAGUUUUAUUUUCCCCUUGCUUGAUGUAACGAUCCUGAAUCUUUUGAUAUGAAUAGAGGCCUGUUUUGAUGAUAAAAAAAUCAGUUAAGAUGUUUUUAAUUGGACUUAA